AUGGGCUGUGUGAGAGUAGAGGUUUCAGGCGAGGAGGAUGCUCUUCCCAGACCUGCCAAAUCUCAUGGUAAGGGGGCUGGGAACACCGGGACCACCGCAACCAAGCCGGGCUGCUCCCCGGAGAUUUACCACACCUACUCGGCUAGAAGGAUGCUGCCGGCCGCGGCGGUCAGAGGAAGGAAAGUCACCCACCCGGGGAAGGCCAUUCUAGCAGUGGUUGUCUUCCUGUGGUGUGUGUGCGCGCGAGGGACGUACCAGGCUUUAACUGUGACAGUGCUAAAACAGGGAUCCAAUCAGGCGAUACGCUUCUACGUGAUGAACUCUCUACGGAACUGGUACAAAGGAGACGACCUCCGGCGGGAGAUGCACCCUAUUGUCACGGUGAUGCUCAGGACGACGUGCAGAGCUGCUAGGGUGUUUGGAAACACUCUUCUGGACGUGGUCAAGACCAGGAUGCAGUGGUUGGAGGUCCACUGGUACAGCAGCACGAUGGACUGUGCCUUCCAGAUCCUCAAGAACGAAGGACCACAGCUGUUCUAUAAGGGUACGGUGCUGAGGCUAGGCAGGGUGUGUCUAGAUGUGGUUAUCGUGUUUGUCAUCUAUGAAGAGGUGGUCAAACUACUCAAAGUCUGA